AUGAGCAAACCACAGGAUCUUCUCAACAGUUUCUAUGGGAUCGACAAUCUCGUCACCAUCAACCUCACGAUGCCGGCGCAAGACUGGCAAGCCUUGAUGCAUGCAGAGCCGCGUGGCGGCAGGUGCAAUUUUGGCUAUAUUGGAGACCGCUAUGACUGGUUCAAGGCUACGUCAGUCACAGUAUCCGGAACGAAAUUCCCUCAAUCAGGCACCUUCGCAGAUGUUGGUAUAAUUAAGAAGUCAUACUGCGGAUCUUUUAGCACUACCAAACCAUCAUUUCGUCUCGACUUCGCUCGCACUGUCAAGGCGAACGAGGACGCUGCUGAAAAACUUAUCGGAACAAAGACUUUGACGCUGAACAAUUCCUCGCAGGACCCAGCUUACGUCCGGCAGCCACUUGGCUACGAGAUUUUCCGGCAAGCAGGACUCCCGUACGCAAGAUGCAAUUUUGCAAAAGUCAUUGUCAAUGGCGCCAGCCUGGGUGUUUUUGUCAACCUCGAGCCGUACAAGAAACAGUUUUUGAAGAAUUUGUUCGCUGGCAACGACAAAGGCAAUCUCUACGAACUGGAAGUCGGGGAAGACAUCGACCCAGCCAUAGUUGCAUCGGGUAAGAUCAGUUUCGAAUCGGGCUUGGUUCCAGACGAAAAAGAUCUCACAUUGGCGGCCACGCAAAUGGCCACUGGAGGCCUGGCAGCCGCAAAGCAAGUCGUCGAUUACGAUCAGUUCGUGAAGCUUUUUGCCAUGGAAACCUUGUUGAAGCACUGGGAUGGGUUCACAAUCAACGUGAACAACACCUAUGUCUACAAUGAUGUGGUGGCAGUUGCAAAUCCAAACGUCUCCAAUGUCAAGUUGAAGUUCAUCCCCUGCGGUAUCGACCAGAUUCUUCAAGAAGGACGCAAUUUUGAGAUCGGCGGAAAAGCAAUUCUUGCUCGGCUUAUACGCGCCGACGCUGGAGGCAAAGCAAAUCUUUUCUCAGCGAUCCGGAACUUUGCAAGCACAAUCUUCAGCAAGACCAACCACGACACUGUCUUGAAGCCCUACAUAGACCGUAUGGAAGCCUUGCUAAACACCGCCGGCGUGGCUCCAACGGGAGACAUCAACAUUGUCAGAAACCAAAUCAAACUUGUCAGAUCCGGUGCGUUCCAACUCAUCGGCGAGUUUCCCCCAAGCCCAACUAUGUUUCUGACCCGCGCUGUCGGCGAAUGCUUCCAUGUUAGCAACACCGAGUUUAUUCCUCCCAAUGGUCCGCCAACGGGUCCUCAAGAAGUCACCCAUUACCAAGGCACCGCUGUCCCAGCAGACUAUUGGAGCGUUACCCCGGCAAAACCUUCAACGUACAAAUUCAAAAAUCAAGCCUACGGAUCGUGGUUGCAUGCCGAUGCAAAUGUCAAGACCCCCAGUGGAAAACUGAAUGUCUACGCAGUGCGCAAUGACCCAGACGAUGGCAACAACUUUGUUGUCGAGCCUUCGGGCAACUUUGGGGGUGAUGCGUGGCACAAGACUGGGUAUUUCAGGCUCAAGAGCGCCGUAACAAAUAACUAUGUGUGGUUCAGCGACACCGACCUCACUCCGAACGGCAAGAAAGAGGCGUGUCAGAGCGCGAAUGCUGCUGAUGCAGCGGUUCUAUACAUCUUUUGAGGAGCUACAGCAAGUU